GAGCCUUGUAGGGACAACUGACAAGCACAGGACAACCUGAGCACAUGCAGGAGUGGGUAGAGAGGAAAAACAGGACUGAGCCAGAGUAAUCUUAGAAGGAAAGCACACUAAAGGAUUCAGCCAAGAUCUUGCCCUAGAUCUCAUCUCCUUCACAGCAAGGACUGGCAACAGCAGUGACUGCAGGGCCACUUGACUGUGAUCUUAGUGUCAGCCACACAAGAUCUGAAGAGCACGCCACUAGAAGAAACACCUCUCUUUUCUUGAGAAUCUUGAACUUUGUGUUGGAGAGGAUAAAAUUAAGAGACAAUGAUCAGAAUAGGAGGAAAGCAUGAAUCUUGAUUGAAAGUGAAAUAGGUCACGACCUGAGAUAACCAGAGUGGAAACACACAACAUAGAAGAAAUAAGUACAGCUGGUGGAGAUACAUUUAAUGGAAGCAGAAAAGACUACUCAGAAUGGAACCCUGGAAUUCUACCUUGGAAAGUGGAUUCAUCUUGGUGGGGAUUCUGGAUGGCAGUGGCUCUCCUGAACUGCUCUGUGCCACAGUUACAACCCUGUACAUGUUGGCACUGAUCAGCAAUGGACUGCUACUCCUGGUCAUCACAGUGGAUGCCCGGCUUCACGUACCCAUGUACCUCCUACUGAGGCAGCUGUCUCUCAUUGACCUCCUCUUCACAUCAGUUGUAACUCCCAACACUGUUGUGGAUUUUCUGCUCAGAGACAACACCAUAUCCUUUGAGGGAUGUGCCCUUCAAUUGUUCUCAGCAAUGACAUUGGGUGGUGCAGAGGACCUCCUUCUGGCCUUCAUGGCCUAUGAUAGGUAUGUGGCCAUUUGUCAUCCUCUAAACUACAUGAUCUUCAUGAGUNCAAAGGCCUGCGNGCUCAUGGUGGCCACAUCAUGGAUCCUGGCAUCUCUUAGUGCACUAGGUCACACAGUGUACACAAUGCACUUCCCUUUCUGCAUGUCCCAGGAAAUCAGACACCUGCUCUGUGAGGUUCCUCCAUUGUUGAAAUUGGCUUGUGCAGACACAUCUCAAUAUGAGCUCAUGGUUUAUGUGACAGGAGUGAUAUUCCUAUUGCUCCCCCUCUCCGCCAUUGUUACCUCCUACUCACUAAUUCUGUUCACUGUGCUGCACAUGCCUUCAAAUGAGGGCCGGAAGAAAGCCCUUGUCACCUGUUCCUCCCACUUGACUGUGGUUGGGAUGUUCUAUGGGGGUGCCACUUUCAUGUAUGUGCUACCCAGUUCCUUCCACAGUCCUAAGCAAGACAAUAUCAUCUCUGUAUUCUAUACAAUUGUCACACCAUCUCUGAACCCCCUCAUUUACAGCCUGAGGAAUAAGGAGGUGAUUGGAUCUUUUAGAAGAGUACUCGGGAGACAUAUUCUGCCAGCACACACCACUGUUUAGGAUGAUUCAUCCAAUUGCCUCUCACUAUUCCUUCUUUAAACAAAUUGCUAUUUCAAUUAUUCUUUAAUGUUUUUCUCUGACUUAGAUGGUAUAUACACUAUUAUGCUUUCACAUUAUCUUCUAUCGUGUAGUUGGUGUGAAUUUUUAACUUAAUUUUUGAGAAUUUCAAAUACAAAUAUGUUGGAGAUGGGUGCUAAUGUUUUGAAUCUACAUGUCCAGACACCAAAGGACCUGUCUCCAAAUGGUUUUAAAUUUAUCAGUAAAGAUGUCAGGGGCUAAUGGCUGGACACAGGUGGAACACUGUGAGUGAACAAGGAGAGAAUGGAGAGGACUGGGGGAAGAAGAAGAGGUCAAAGUAGUGGCAGGAGAUAAAGUCAACCAGCCAUGUGAGUUUGUGGGUAAGUGGCCAUUGGCCCCUUCCCCAAUUGGGUUUGGGGUAGCAGGGGAAGAUUUAAGAUUUAGGAGUGCCCAGCCUUUGAAUUAGCCAAGGAAAUUUUAAAAUUAACUGGUGUGCAUGCCUGUGUGUGUGUUUUCCAUUCGCGAAUCUGAGACAGCUCCUGGGCAGAUGCGCGCACGGGACUUGCUGUGAGCACAAAACCUCACUGCAAGAGAUGUCCCCAACACAGUAGACGAGAACCCACUUUUAAAAUUAUUUGGAGAUUCUCAGAUGGAAUACACACAGAGAAUGAUACAGCCUGGGAGGGGGUGGUGGGAGAACUGAUUUCUCAGUGAGCAGAGCUGAGUCACUUGGCUAUAGCUAGCAAAACUAAAACAAAGGAACACAGCCUUGCCAGGGGGAGCCUCCACUAGGAGAUGCUGGGGGUUCCUGCUGUGCAACAGGCUGACUGGCUCCCUGAGUGUUAGGAGAUAGGCAUUGAGACAAUAAAGCUGCCUGCCUCCAGCCACCAGAUAAAGGAUAGAGAUUUAUAAAUUUUAUUUAACUGUUUUUAAGGAUAGAAAGGAAUAUACAGAUUUUGCCCAAGUCAUGUUGGGAUUUCCUUCCAUGGUUCGAAGGUGAUACAAAGAGCUUAAGAUGAUAGGCAGAGAGCCAGAUAGUAGACACAGAGAUAUUAAUCUCCAUAGUAGGGAGGAUUUAAGUAUACAUAGAUGUAUACAAUAUUGAGGUAUUUGAUCUUAAAAAAUUAGAUCAGAGGCAGGGGAUAGGGAGCCUAGCCUAUCUCAGACAGUAGAAACUUAGGCCUUGAGAAUUUAUAUAAAGAAAGGGACAUACUACAAUAAUCCCUGCAACACAAAUACUGUACUUAGAUUAUUUCCAUCUUCACUUUUCUUUUUAGUUUCUCAUAGUCUCCCUUUGUCAUUAAUCAGUUUCCCUAGUAAUGGGCUGAAUUCCUUCCUUGCUAUUUAUGAGUCUACUAUGCAUGGAUGCUUUGUUGUUACAAAGAGGCUGAUGAAUAUAUUCUGACUACAGCAAACAAUUUUGAAAUGCUAGUGACAGUAUGAUUAUAAAGAUAAAGGGUA